CUCACAAGCCAAGGCUUCUCCGUUGUAACAUACCCUAAGCAAAUUGGGAUUCUUCACAAUUAUAGCCCCUUCCUCCACAACAUUCCAUAAAGUGGACUUUUCCUUACCCCGCACCCUUUCCAACGGUUCCUCCAUCUCCCAAUCGAGCAGGCAAUAUCGGACAAUCAUACGCACCAUCAUGAGACGACGGCAGCUACUCCCUCCCAGAAUUGCCGCGUACGUCGCCUGUGUGUUCUUUUCUUUUUGCAACAGCUCUCUUUUGGCUGCUGCUUCUGCCGAGUUGGCUGACAACGGAAACCACGCUGUUUCGGUGGACUUCCCGGAGACUCUACAUUCCUCUGGGGCCUCACUCACACUAUCCAGUCGCGCAAGAAGCGAUGACUUCCGUUCUCUCGCUCUGGGCGAUUUCGACGCCCUCAAUGCCUUGUACAGUGGCACAACUUUCACUUUGCCGAGUACUUCGGUUGAUACCAAGGUGGGAGGUUUUACUUUGUCACUGAGUUUUGCCAAUAUCGUCUGUCGUGAUUUCAAUCUAGGGGACAUUCGCUUGACACCCGUUGAAAACAUCACUACGGCCGCCACCACAAUACGCUCGACUCUGCAACUUGUUGACGUCGACAUUGUUUGUUCGGCCGAUUACCGGUACCGAUACAUACUCGGAACCAACGGAGGAGGACGGGCCGACAUUUACACACGUGACAAUUCAGUAUCCAGCCAAAUCGUCUUGCGAUCUCCCGACCUAGCUAGGUUUGCGCCCGACGAGUUUAUUUUAGAGAACUGCGCUACGACGGUCAAUGUCUUCGACUUGGACUUUAAUGGAGGCGGCGUUGUUAAUAUUGUCGGCAACAUUUUGAACGCACUCGAUAAAGUACUGCGCAACGUGGUGGAGCGGGAAAUUUCUGACUUCUUGUGUCAAGCCCUGCAAGAUGUUGAUGACGAUGUUGCUGCCUUGUUGGGACGACUGACUACUUUGCUGGGGCCGUAUUUGGGGGAUUCACCCGACGGUAACGGCAAUGAUAGUGUGGCGGUCGGGGCUUUGCAGGCGGAACGUGAUCUGGUCGUGCCGUCCGAUGUAACCUUGUUGAACUUUCAAGAGCCGUCUACACAGUUUGCCAACGUGAUUGAUUUGCUUGUGGAGCAAGUUGGCGGGUACUUUGGCAACACCAAUACCGGUGCGGGAACGCUUAAUAUCAAUGCCCUUCUCCGUGAUCAGAUCUUGGACGACAACGGUGCCUUGGUCGUGGACCUGACGAAACUAGGAGACUUUGGAUCGGGCAAUCUGUUGCAAGCAAGCAACGAGAUAUUGGGAUCCAUUGCAGUGAAGAUCGAAACGGCGACCGUCAUCGGUUUGGACAGUUUCUCCAGGUUUGACGACUUGAGCCAGAUUGGCAAUUUCACAUUUCAAACAGGCUUUGCCAUUGAGGACAUUCGGUUGGAGAUACAGAUGGAAUUGCGGCUGCAACCGCCGGCUUCUACCCAAUCCCUGGUGGAGGUUGUACAGGUUGAAAUACCGUUGGGACGCGUCGACGCAUCGACGUCGCUGCUAUUGGCGAUCGACCAGGGUCGACUGGGAAGCUUGCCGCUUGGGUCGUUGCUGAACGACGAUUCGGUGGUGAAUUGUCUCCUUUCGGCUGUUUUCGAUUUGCAAGUAACGAGCUUGUCGAUUCAACCGGCCUUAUCCGUCGGACUCCCAACGGUACGGGGUUUUGCUACACCUGGAUUGCAGCGCGUUGUCGGUACCGCAGUCGAGAUCGUGUACGACGCCUUUUACCAAACGUUGGUAGUCGCACUCAACAAUUUCGUGCAAACUACCGCCAUUGAGUUUCUCGACGAUGCCGUGCAGGGACUGCGGAACAGCACUACGUGUCUGACGAAAGCGCGGGGCUCGGAGACAGCUCUCAUUGAUUUUCGCGACCUCUUGUUGUCGGCGGAAGAAUCGGAAGCGUACGGUGGUAACGGGACAAACCCUUACGGAAGUCUGGGAGUUGUGGUCAAAAGUUUGAUCGACGACGAGCUUGUGGCCAAUGACGCCUCGGGUGUACCAAAGAUGAAUAAUUUUAUCAUCAAGCCCUUGACCGAACAGCAGUCAGGAAUAGCGGGCACAUUCCUGUUGGCGCAAGAAUUUCUUGCAUUCGAUCAAAGGAUCAGCUUCAAUGGGUUGGACGCCAAGGUUCGAUUCCGCAUUGCUGACCUACGGGUGGAGAACCUGGACACUAUUCGCGAGCCGUUGGCUCUGCUUGACCCCCUCACGAAUGAAGCGAGUCGCAUCAACAAUACUCUCUCAAUGGGUACCCCGUCCACGCCUUUGCGGAUAUCCGUACUGUUGCAGAUCGGAGUGGAAGGCGCAGGUACCACAAUCCUGAACAAAGUGAACAUCGGAGUUGAGCUGUCUUCUGUGUCGGUUGUUACGAAGCUUCUGGCCAGAAUUGUGGAGCGGGACUUUCUGUCGUUUCCAAUCGAAGAUAUGUUGAACAUAGAUUGUUGGCUUGCGACUGUACAGACCCCUAGCCUGAGCGCUCAGGGUGUUCGUAAUGAGGACAGCAUGGUGUCACUUGGCUUGGAGGAUCUGAAAUUGCUGAUUGGCGAUAUGAACUUCACCGUGGACUGCAUUGAGUGCACGAGUCCUCAGGUGUUGCAGAUCGGCGAGUUGUUACGUACACCGCAGGGCCAAACCGACGCCGCUACUAGCGCGCAAAAUGUGGUGGACUAUCUAGUCUCACUGACACAGGGAGACAACUCGUUUUUGCAAUCGAGAAUUGAUCGCUUAUUGGUGGAAUCGGCGAAACGUUGUCCGCACAGUCCGAGUUUCUCGUCCGAGACUGGAUCACUGCAGUAUGAAGCGUUUGAAGUAAAUCUGAAGGAGGACUCUAUGAGUUUCCUUUUGGGAGUUUUGGUUGCUGCUGGUGUAAGUGUGGGAGGCACAAUUCUACUGACCAUUCUGGUGAAGGUACUCGUUGCGAGACGUAAUCGCAAGUGGCUGCAAUCACUGCCUAGCUCGCGUGCGUUAGCCAUUUACGAUGAACAACAGAAACAUCGGGAUUUCGAAGAAAGCAUCGAUAAACGCACAUCAAGUAUGUUUCGUAGCGGUCAGGUACCGCUCGUUAUCCGUUGGUUGGUUCCCGUGUUUAUUCUGGGAAACAUUGGGAUGUUUCUGAGCGGCCAUUUGAGUGUUGGAGGAUCCGUGCGUAUCUAUAUCCAAAUAGCUGGAGAGCGGCUUGUAUUUGAUGACUUUUACAGCUUCUCAGUGGCACAGUCCGCUAUUGAAUUGUGGGAUGCCGGAGGGAAGGAACUGGCGAUUUUGAUCCUUAUCUUUAGCGGAGUGUGGCCGUACACCAAACAAAUUCUGACUUUUUUGCUGUGGUUUGCUCCGCCGACGAGGGUUUCCGUGUCCACGCGCGGGACUUGGCUGUUGUGGUUGGAUGCGCUUGCCAAAUGGAGUAUGAUUGAUGUGUUUGUGAUGAUAAUAUCGAUUGUUGCUUUUCGAGUGUCGAUCCGAAGUCCUAGUCAAUCCUUUCUACCGGAUGAUCUGUACCGAGUCGACUUGGCUGUAGUCCCCGUGUGGGGAUUGUACGCGAACUUGACUGCGCAGCUUCUAUCGCAGCUGAGUUCCCACGUCAUCAUUCACUACCACCGUCGUGUGGAGCGAAAGGCGCAGAAUGAAGUCAAAGACGAACCAAAUGAAUCGCUCAUCGAGAAUGGAACGAAGGAAUUUGAAAGCGAAGCAUCUUGGACUCUGAAGGAUGUUCCGCUGAAGAGUAGCACCACCGAGAUGACGGAUGAUGACGGAACGACACAGGAUGAAGCUGUUGAAGCGCUGCGCAGCCAUGCCUUUGGUCGUCCUCAUCGCGGUGAAGCCGAGAAGCUACACGUCCGCCGUGGGGUCAACAUUCUGGUAGUAGUGGUGGCAGUGGUGUUGACUGUUAUGUUAUUAUUGGGGUCGCUUCUUCCGAGUUUUUCGUUUGACGUUCAAGGUUUGGCGGGUGUGGCUGUAGAAGCAGGUCGGAACUUCGAGCAGGCCAAGGAUGAGCAUAGCAUAAUUUCGAUUGCGCAGUUGCUGAUGGAUCAAGCUCGAUUUGUGGACACAGCGAAGGACUAUAUUGGUACGACCUCGAUAGCUGUGUUGCUGGUUUUGACGGUCUUGAUUGUGCCUGUUCUUCAGACGUGCGCGUUAGUGGUGCAGUGGUUUUAUCCCAUGACGCAUGGAACGCGCCGUCGCGUGGAGAGUGUUGUCGAGGUCUUGCGGGCCUGGCAGUAUAUGGAAGUAUACGUGAUAUCGAUAGUUGUCGGAGCGUGGCAAUUGCCGGAGGUUUCGAGCUUUUUGAUUGGAUCGGCGUGCGAUGGCUUGCAAAGCACAUUUGCCGAGCUGGUCUUUUACGGAUUUAUAGAAGCGGAAGACGCACAAUGCUUCAAAGUGGACGCGGCGAUCUCUUCGGGAUCCUAUGUGCUGAUUGCAGCCGCAGUGUUAUUGGCUGUCAUGAACACUUUCAUCUGCAAGGCAGUCGGUCAAGUGGAAUACUUCUCCAAAUACCGUGAAUUGUUCGCGGCUCACGGUUCUUUGCACCGGAAGGAACUGGCGCUGGAAGAGCGAGAGCCGGUACCCGUAGACGACAUCAAUGCUGUGCCUGUACUGUUUACGGAUCGAUUUCGUUGGUUGUUGCGCACUCAGAAAAUGUCGUGAUGGCUCGUUUCAAGCAGAUGAAUUUUGUGGAAAGGCUUUAUAAUUUGUUAAAAACGACGUAACC